CACAAUCUCUGAUACUUGAUUACUGAUAUAUGCGAACUCCCUGGGGAAAUGAUAAUGAUUAGUGUUCUUCCGGAUUAGACGUGGCGUGCCGGGUGCUAGUUUAUUCUGUGGUUCAGAAUAUAAAAAGGUGAUAGACCGAGUCCUCAGAUAAGUGACCCAUGCUUUAUAUUCUCUCACCAGUCAAAAAACAAAUGGUAUGCACUACCUCUUCACGCUUGAUUGAAUCCACGAUGCCCCUCUGGCUGAUCCAUCACGAUCCGAACGUCUUCUCCAACGACGAAAAGGAGAAACUGGCCCAGACGAUCACGCAGCUGUAUGUUGGCUUCGGUUUACCAGCCUUUUACGUCCAAGUUCAAUUCUUCGAGCUCCCUUACGCAUCCUCAUUUAUUGGAGGCGAGAAAGACCGUGCCCAUGUCACGCUGACCAUUUACCAUCUUGCGCGCACCAUGACCACCGAGGCGCAAGCUCAACGAUUCCUCGGGGCGGUUGAUGGUAUUUUAACACCCACCUUCCAACCAAAAGAACUGGAAUGGGAGUACUUUGUGACGGAAACCCCAAGAAACCUCUGGAAGAUAAACGGGCUUGUACCUCCGCCGGCUGGUUCGGACGAAGAGAGGGAGUGGGCUAGAAUAAACAAGGCGGUUAAGCUUUGAGUUGCCAUGGGCCUUGGAUUAUUUUGAGAAUCCCAUUGCAACGCAUGAUGGAAAGCAGACUGAUUGUUCGUGUUGGUGAUACUGCUAGUCAUUUAUAAGAUUGUUAUACAUCCAGUAUCUCGGGAGAAUCUUCAACCACCAAGCCAUUCCUGCGCGUACGUACAGCAUGCAUCGGCUGGCUAGACUAUAAUAUCUUGAUAUAUUUUUCAAGAUAAGAUAUUCAUUCGGACUCACUCCAGGAGACAUAGCUAUUUCACUAGUAAAACGAC